AUGCCGACUGAGGCAGUAGUUCCGCACAGAAUAACAGAUGCUGCAGACCUGCUAAUAGCCAAUGAGACAGUUGCCCCCUGCUUCUGGUCUUCUCCGAGUCCGUCCGCUUCCAUUUUGGAACUGGUCUCAUCUCUAACCGGUCUAGUAGGCAGCGUUAUUGCUAUCGAAAAUCCGAGGCAUUUGCGUAAGCGCCGAUCGCUUAUCGCCGUCCGCCGCGCGAAGAGCCCCCGUCCCGAGACAACCGGACUUGGGGAGGGGUCAACGGAUGCCGGCGGCUUUAUCAAUGGAAGAGUCAACGUUGUGGCUCGGCGGCACGCCAGCCACUGCUCAGUGGCGCCGGGGGGGGGGGAGAUGCGGGUAACGGGGGUCAAGGUGAGUUGGUUGCCGAGGCUCGCCUCCGUGCGUGCGAAGGACCACGCCCUGCUGUUGCGUCUCGUGUUCCGAAUUCGAAAUAGUUGGCAACGUACAAACGGUGAUGGUCCAAUCUGGCCUACAAACACGAAGCUAAGGAAAGAAAGGCCGCCUGGUACGAAAGUCGGCAGCGCGGGCGCGGCGGUGACGUCACAUGACGCGCACGCGGCGCGCGCGUGC